AUGACCUCGUCGACAAUUGAGUCUCUAGCGACCACCAUCGCCAAAUCGGCCCAGGAGCUGCGCACUCUGCUGGCUCAACAUGACCUCGAGGAGCCCUCCUUUGCUGCUGACUGUCCUCCAUCGAUGGACCUACCUCCAGCGGUAGACGAAGCGCGGAACACUUUACUACAUGCAGCAUGUGAGAUUCAGGACCUUCUCCUCGACCCGGCAGAUCUCCUGCGAUCAUAUGCCACGCAUGCCCACCUAGUCUCCCUACACUUCAUCCAACAGUUCAACAUCGCCCAGCUCGUGCCCACCGGCGGCAAGACCACCACCUUUGCGGUCCUUGCCAAACAAUGUGGGCUACCCGAGGCGGACGUGCGUCGUCUCCUCCGCCACGCAAUGUCAAUCCGGGUAUUCGAUGAACCUCGCGACAACGAGGUGGUCCACACGCGGGCCAGCAUGCUUCUCCGCCAAGAAGGCAUCCAUGGUUGGAUUGGGUCAACCUGCGAGAAUAGCUGGGUUGCUGCAACUAGAGGUUUCGCCCUCGCCAACAAUAACCUCACCCUCUACGAAGCCCUUGCACAAUCUCCCGAAAGAGGCGCCACUUUCGCUGCCAACAAACGUGGCUACACCUCUGGCCCGGCCUUCCACCCCGCCGCCUUUCUCGAAGCCUACCGCCCGAUCUUCGCACCCCUUCCCCCGGGCUCCCUAUUCGUUGAUGUUGGCGGCGCCCACGGUGACAUCGCCCUCGCCGCCGCAGCAAGCUACCCACAUCUCCAGUAUAUUGUCCAGGACCUGCCCGAGGUCAUUGCAACCGCACCGCGCGAUUCUUCGCCGGAUGGCAGGGUUGAAUUCUCCGCGCACGACUUCUUCACCCCGCAGCCACUCCGCAACGUCGCCGUGUUUUAUCUAAGGCAUAUAUUGCAUAACUUUGGCGAUGCACGCGCGAUCAGUAUCCUAAGGGCUUUGGUUCCCGGGAUGCGCCCGGGGACGCGUGUGCUGCUUAAUGAGCAUGUGCUUGAUCCCCAGAAGCAGCCGAUGUGGAAGAGGAGGCAGGAUAGUGCGAUGGAUAUGAAUAUGUUGGUGUUGUUCAAUGCGCGAGAGAGGAACGAGGCGGAAUGGCGGGCGUUGCUGCAGAGCGCGGAUGCACGGUUUGCGUGGGUUGGGGUACGAAGGCCGGCUGGGAGUGCAUUAGCAGUUGUGGAGUCUUGCUGGGAAGGCGAUUCCAAUGAUGUCAGGUAA